AAUAAUAAUUUCUUCUGCCAUAUUACAUGUAUAAUUCUUUUUCAGUUUUAUUUCCUUUCUCUUUUUUAGCAUAUUUAUUAUUAUUACAAUUAUCUAAUACAUUAUAAUAUUCAUUACUGUUGCUCUGCCAUUGAUUUUUGCAUGUGUAAUUUUGUUUAUAUUUUGUUGUAAUAAUUCACUUAUAAGGGAGCCCAUAUUCCUUAUAAGCCAAGUGGUUUCUUGGACUUCCUCGGCCCUUAGCUUUCGAAAUAAAUAUUUAUAAAUUCUUGUUUUUGUAUAUCCUAACCCUAACCCAAAACAAUAAACUGAACUGAUCUGAAUAAUUAUGCUCUCCUUUAUAUUUUGGUGGGAUUACAGCAACAAGCUUUUUUAAAGUGUUGAGAACUGUACAGACACUGCUAGUCCUUUGCCUAAAUUUUUCUUCAUCACUUCUGUGAUGAUACAUGUAAAACUUGAUGAGCACUCCCCCAUCCUUCCCCCCCUACCACCACACUAAGCUGAACUUCCCAGCCCUAACGCUUAACGUAUAAUUCUGCAUUUUUUUUUAGGUGGCUUAGCAGGGCUUUCUAUGAUGUUUUACAAAAGUUCCACGAUAGCAUUAUAUCUAGCUUCAAAAAUGUCUGAGGUAAGGUAAAAAAUUAUUGAUGUCUUAUAACUGGGCUCAGUUUUUUUACAGUUGAGCCUUAAGGUAUGACCACCUUUUUGGUAAGCAAGGGUGGUGCAGUGGUUAGAGCACAGACCACCCACUUAUGUGGUCAGGGGGUUAAAUCCUAGUGUGGAUGCCAUAUAUGGGUUGAGUUUGUCACUGGUUCUCUCCUUUUCUUCUAGAGGUUUUUCUCUGGGUACUCCGGUUUUCCUCUCUCCUCAGAAACCAAUAUUUCCAAAUUCCAAUUUGACCAGGAACCACUAUGUGGAUGUGCUACUGCUUAAUCAUCAAUAUUAUUAUUAGUAGUAGUAGUAGUAGUAGUGGUAUUAUUUUUCCCAAUCAAAGUACUUCAGUUGUAGCCUUCCUGUGAGGGACUUCCUCCCUUCAGUGUCUGUGAGCCCUCAUAUGGCUAAAUAAUGGUAAAUGGUAAAUCAGCAUCGUUAAUAAUUUUGUGGUAGUGCAUUCAGCUACUUUUGCUAGUUUACGGGGGCUCUAUUCUAAUAAUUUGAAACUGUCAAAGUAGAACAUUGCAGAAUUAAGAAACCUAAGGCAAUUAACAGGAGCAAGCUUGGCCAAGGAUUUGAUCUCGCAGCGAACAAGAAAGUGCAGGCCUUGGUCUUGGGCCCACAGGAUUGCAAGUCCUGAUGCUGCUAUGGCCACUCACUUAUGCUGCAUUCAAAACACCGAGUCCAAAUUUCAAGAAGAAAACAUUCAUAAUAUGCCUUAAUUUUGUCAAAAAAAUUCUUCCUCCUUAACAUGGUUGUUGUUGAAGAAGAAUUUGCACCGUUCACGAAUACUCAAGAACUUGGACAGUUCACGAAUACUCAGUGACCAUGUUUUCUUGUUUUUUAUUGCAGAUUGUGUACAAGCAGGGAGUGUCAGCUGGGGUUCUUCCCUCUAUACCUUAUGCUGAAAUUCUAACUUACACCUUUUCAACAGCAUUCCUGUUUCAUGCGGUGAGGACGCAUUUUUUGUUUGAUAGUGUUUUUCAUUCUAAUUUUUAUAGUUAAGUGUAUACCCUUUGAUGUUCCAAAAAGCAAUAUUUCUUUUCAAACCUCGGCUUCCCCAGUUUGGAUUUAGUAUCUAUGGACUUUUUAUUGAGGAGUGACUGGACGAGCCUGGAUAUUUCCUGACCGUCUCCGGUCGUUUCGCUGCAUCAUAAAGUCGAUUCGCUGCAACUAACUUUCGUAUUAAACAGUUCAAAACAAUUUGGAAUGAACUACAAACGGGUAAUCGACUUCACUACGUAGAGAAACGUUCACGACUUUGUAGCGAAACGACUAUAUUCUGGGCGAAUCACUUAUGCUUCAUAAUCAAUUAUGCAUUGUGGAAAGAAACCAAUAAAAAAUUCAGCUGCGAUUCCAGUGCAGUGCUCUAACCAACUGAGCAACUACGCAAGUCGCGUCUUUAACUGCCGUGAUCGUCUUUGCAUUUAUUUCUUCAUUCCUUCAAUUUGUUCCCAACAAAACGCGCACUUGUGGGGUAUUUUAGGGUCACAUAACAUCUGGAAAUAAAACUGUUUCCUGCUGAAAGUCUUUGAGCAAUCAACAUUGCAACAUUCAUUACACCAGAGGGUUCUCGCUACGAGGCUAGCUGUGCAUAGGCAAAGCUUUUUAAAUCUCCUGAAACAAAAUGACCGCUGCGUGCGAAAGGUGUAUUAUUUCUUUUUUUUUUUUCAGUGUACAUGGGAGGUACACAGCGUCCGUCCUUCUUACUGGCGUUACCUGAAUGUGGUUACAGGCAAGAGGUUGGAGCAAACACAUUAUUCUCUUAUGUAUUAUCUAAAUGAUAAUUAAACUGUUGUGUUAUACACCAUGACAAAAAUAGCACUUAAAGUACACUGCUAGAAUACUCUCAGGGGUAGUCGAGAUAAAAAAAAGCGCUUAAUUACAUCCAAGCUGGUGAUUUGUUUAAAAAAGAGUACCUGUUAUCCUAAAAGCUUGCACUGCGAGCCCUCACAGAGAGGUAGGCAUGCCAUAUAAAUGAAUGCUAGAGCAAACCGAUUACUUGGACAGGGAGAGAGUCAGUUCCCUUCUUCGUUGACUCUUCAGCGCCUCUUAAAUGGCUUUGGUAAUUUUUCGUCUCGUUUUGUUCAACUUGGAACUGCCUUUCUGUCUAAAAAGGUGUAAGGGACAUGGCGAACCGGAUAAACUAAUGGGCUAACCUUAAACCUACCUUGUAAAAUUCGUGCUCUUUUUUUGUUAAUGAAAAAAGGCCUCUGUUUCGUUCUUAGCACUCAGUGAAAUCCAAGUCGUUAACACACUACCAAAGACAAUGCUAGCAGUGUAUACAUUUAAGUUGGCAUGCAGGUACAUGCAAUAACAAGGCGGGGAAUUGAGUUCCUAGUUGUUCUAAAGGUGGAUAGCGAUCUUUU